CAAGUUAAUUUCACUUCCAAAAUAUUUUUGACCAAAAUAAUACAGAAUUUAUUUUUUUAAAUUUUUAUUUAUUUAUUAUAAAAAUGCCUAUUAAAAUUCUACUUGCGCGGCAAAUAUUCGACUCGACUGGGGUGCCGACGGUGGAAGUGGACAUGGUGACCGAGCUCGGGCUGUUCCGCGUCGGCGUGCCCUCCACCGACAACAAGAAGCUGGCCGAGGCCGUGCAGCUGCGCGACAACAACCCCGCCGAGUACCACGGCAUGGGCGUCAGCAACGCCGUCAAGAACAUCAACACCAUCAUCGCGCCCGAACUCAUCAAGCAAAACCUCGAAGUCACCAUGCAAAAAGAAAUCGACCAAUUCAUGAUCUCGCUGGACGGCACAGAAAACAAGUCCAGACUGGGCGCCAACGCCAUCAUGUGCGUCUCCCUCGUGGUGGCCAAAGCUGGAGCCGCCAAAAAAGGCGUCCCCCUGUACAGGCACAUCUCUGACAUGGCCGAAGUCACGACAAUCAUUCUUCCAGUCCCGCACUUCACGAUACUGACCGGCGGCGUCAUGGCUUCGAACGGUCUGCCCUUUCAAGAGUACUGCAUAAUGCCAACUGGAGCAUCUUCGUUUAUGGAUGCGAUGAAAAUCGGCACGGAAAUAUAUCGCUACGUCAAAAACAUAAUACGUUCCAAGUACAAAAUCGAAAAUAUCUAUGUCAGUGAUAGCGGCGGAUUCGCGAUACCUCUGGAGAGUCAUCGAGAUGCGCUCCUUUUCCUGACAGACGCGAUCAAGCAGUGCGGCUACGCAGGCAAAGCCGAGAUAGCUAUCAACGCUUCUGCAACCGAUAUGUUCAAAGACGGCGCCUACGAUUUAGAGUUCAAGAAUCCCAAUUCCAACCCGCAAGAAUAUAUGUCUUCGGAUAAACUUGCUGAAAUAUACCUGGAUAAUAUAAAGGAGUUUCCCGUGUGCUCAGUGGAAGACGGUUUUGAGUUCGAUGACUGGGCUGCGUGGUCUAAUUUGACUGCGCGUACGCAGAGUCAGGUGUUCGGGAACGAUUUGACUCAGACGAAUUUGAGGAGAGUGGGUUUGGCGGUGGAGAAGAAGGCGGGGAACGCCGUGGCGUUGCGUUUGAACCAGGCGGGUACGCUGAGUGAGGUGAUUGAGUGUUACAAGUUGUUGAAGGCGAACCAGUUCGGCAUAGUGGUGGUGGACCGGUGGGGGGACACGGAGGACCUGUUCCUGGCGGACCUGGUGGUGGGCCUGUCGGCAGGGCAGAUCAAGUGCGGGGCGCCCGCGCGCAGUGAGCGCGUCGGCAAGUACAACCAGAUCCUCCGGAUUGAGGAGGAGCUGGGCGCACUGUCUAAAUAUGCCGGAAAGAAUUAUCGUGGUCAGAUGUAAUAUUAUACAGAAUUUUCAAUAAAACUUUUAAUUUAUUGAA